AUGUGGACGAAACUGAUUGCUGCUGUUCUUCUGUUGUUGUUAUCGUCGGAGACGAUUCUUUCGGCCAACUCUCUGAAUGUAGCCCUUAACGACGACGUUUUGGGUCUUAUGGUGUUUAAAGCAGACAUACGAGACCCUUAUUUUAAGCUCUCAACAUGGAAGGAAGAAGACGACAGUCCUUGCAAAUGGUUCGGAGUUACAUGCGACCCGUAUUCCAAUCGGGUCACGGAGCUCCAUUUAGAUGGGUUAUCUCUUUCGGGUCACAUCAGCAAAGGCUUGUUGAGGUUACAGUUUCUUCAUACACUUUCUCUCUCUAGAAACAAUUUCACUGGGUUUAUCAGUAACCCCAUUUUAACACAAAUCAUUAAGAACUCACAAGUGAUUGAUUUGAGUGAAAACGGCUUCUUCGGGUCCAUACCCGAACCACUGUUCAUCCAAUGUGGGUCAAUUAGAACCAUUUCUUUAGCCAAGAACAAGUUAACUGGUCAAAUCCCUGAUUCAAUUUCUUCCUGUUUGACUUUGCAAAAUGUUGAUCUUUCAUCCAAUCAGUUAUCAGGUGGAUUACCAAAAAGCAUCUGGUUAUUGACUUCCUUAAGAUCAAUCGAUUUAUCAAAUAACUUUCUUGAAGGCGAAAUCCCAAAAGAAAAGAUCGAGACUCUGUUUGAUUUAAGGGUUUUUAACUUCAGCAGCAAUAAUUUCAGCGGUGAGUUGCCGGAGAAGAUCGGAGAAUGCUUGUUGCUGAAAUCAGUUGAUUUCAGUGAUAAUUAUUUAACUGGAACCAUGCCUUUAUCUCUGCAGAAGCUUAGUUUAUGCAAUGUGCUUAAUUUGAGAGGGAAUUACUUCGCCGGAGAGCUCCCAGAGUGGAUCGGAAGUCUAAAAAGUCUUGAAUUCUUGGAUCUUUCUGUUAAUAACUUUUCAGGUUCGUUUCCCGCCUCAUUUGGUGAUCUUGAAUCAUUGAAAAGUUUGAAUCUUUCGUUAAAUCAAUUCACUGGGAACUUGCCGGAAUCAUUGGCAAAGUGUCUAAACCUAACCGUCGUUGAUUUUAGCCGGAAUUUAUUGACCGGAACCAUUCCUGUUUGGGCAUUUAGCUUAAGGUUGAAAGGUGUUUCUCUUUCGGGCAACCAGUUUAUUGGGACUGUUGAAUUUGGUGAAGAAACUGCUGCUGCUUUUGAUACUCUUGAAAUCUUGGAUUUAUCUUCCAACUCAUUUUCCGGCGUGAUCCCGUUAUCAAUCGGAAAUUUUAGUAGCUUGGUGUUCUUGAAUAUGUCCUCUAAUGGCUUAAUUGGUUCUGUUCCCCCAAGUUUGGGAGGUUUAAAAGCUGCGAAUGUGGUCGAUUUAAGCCACAAUUGGCUCAAUGGCAGCAUUCCUGCUGAGAUCGGUGGAGCGGCUCUAUUGAACGAACUACGCCUCGAUGGUAACUUCUUGACUGGGUCGAUUCCGGCCCAGAUCGAAAACUGUUCGGUUUUACGCACCCUGAUCUUGGCUCAGAACAACAUUACCGGUUCAAUCCCGGUCAGGAUCGUGAACUUAGUGGAGCUUGAGUCGGUUGAUUUAUCGUUCAACCAUCUUUCAGGAAGUUUACCCAAAGAGCUCACAAACCUCUCGAAUCUCGUAACGUUUAACGUAUCCCAUAAUGAUCUUGAAGGCGAACUUCCUCUCGGAGGUUUUUUCAACACGAUACCGCUUUCUUCGGUUUCAGAUAACCCGUCCCUAUGCGGGUCGAUCGUGAACCAAUCAUGCCCCGGUGCACACCCGAAGCCGAUAGUCCUGAACCCAAACCCGUCACAUUCUGACAAAGGGUCCUCCUCGCUGAACCUCAGUCAUAAACGAAUCAUACUUAGUAUCUCUGCCAUUAUUGCCAUCGGUGCUGCUGUAUUCAUCGCGUUGGGCGUGAUUGUUGUUACAAUACUCAACCUCCAUGUCCGGAACUCAGUUUCACGAUCUGCCGCGGUGGCCCUCACAUUUUCCGGUGGAGACGAUUUCAGCCAUACCCGCUCGCCGAGCUCUGAUUACGGGAAACUCGUGAUGUUCACCGGUGACGCCGAGUUUGUCUCCGGGACCCAUGCAUUGCUUAACAAGGACUGUGAAUUGGGGCGUGGCGGGUUCGGGGUGGUUUACUGGACGGCGCUCAGAAAUGGUCGGUCAGUUGCGAUCAAGAAGUUACACGUUCCCGGUUUAAUCAAGUCUCGAGAAGAUUUUGAUCGGGAGGUAAAGAAGCUCGGGAUGAUCCGGCAUUCAAAUCUUGUUUUACUCGAAGGGUAUUAUUGGACUCCAUCUUUACAACUUUUGAUCAACGAAUACGUCUCGAGUGGAAGCUUGUAUAAGCAUCUUCACGAAGGAAAUUCCGAAAAUACCCUCUCAUGGCGAGAGCGGUUCGAUGUCGUACUCGGUACGGCUCGGGGUUUGGCUCAUUUGCACCGGAUGAAUGUGAUUCACUACAACAUGAAAUCGACCAAUGUUUUGAUCGAUUGCUCAGGUGAAGCCAAAGUCGGAGACUUCGGUUUGGUGACGCUGCUACCGUCGCUAGACCGUCAUGUUCUUAGCAGCAAGAUUCAGAGCGCUCUCGGGUAUGUAGCUCCCGAAUUCGCAUGCCAAACGGUGAAAAUAACCGAGAAAUGUGAUGUUUACGGGUUUGGGAUUUUGGUACUUGAAGUUGUUACGGGGAAAAAACCCGUGGAGUAUAUGGAGGACGAUGUGGUCGUUUUGUGUGAUAUGGUUCGAGGAGUGUUGGACGGUGGUCGAGCCGAGGAAUGCGUUGACCGAAAGUUGAAGGCCGAUUUUCCGAUCGAUGAGUGUAUUUCGGUAAUUAAGCUGGGUUUGGUGUGUGCAUCGCAGGUGCCAUCCAAUCGUCCCGAUAUGGAAGAGGUGAUCAAGAUUCUCGAGUUGAUUCGGUGUCCUUCGGAAGGCCACGAAGAAUUGGAAUGAAAAGGGCAAAAUGCUGCUGGCAAAGACGAAUAUCGGAAAAUUCAGAUCCAAAAGAAACCCGUGGAGUAUAUGGAGCUAAAUCCGACCCAGAUCUGGAUCCGGAAAGGGCAAGAAUUCGGAUCUUUGGCGAUAGCAUUUUGCCUUUUGUUUGAUAUAGGUUUAGGACCCAUACUUUUGGUUGUAUUUGGUUUUGAGAUGUUUUCUGUUGGUGUCGAGUUGAAUAUUUCUAGGGUUCCUAUUUUUAACCCUUUUGUGGAUAUUUGUUGUAGUUUACAAAAUCACAAAUUUACAGGGCAAUUUUGUCUUUUGGCUUGACUCUGUGUUUUUUGUUUG